AUGAUCGCAACGACAAGCUCUUCAUUCGGAGCAUCGCCUUCUUACUUCCACCCCGUUUCCCAAGCGGCGCAACAGCCAUCAGUCGACGGGGAGGAUACUUCAUCUCAUGCAAACCCCCUUCCAAACCAACCUGCCAUAGGGGUGAAGAACAAGCUCAAUCGCUUUCUUAGUCGACACAUUACCACCCGGCAAGUUGACAAGAAAGCUGUGCCGGUGCAACAUCAGCAUCAGCAGACACAGGUAGAUCCGACACCGCCGCCAUCCCGACAGCAGCAGCAAACACAAAGACCCAUGCCGAUGCAACCCCCGAUGCGCCAUCGUCUCCAACUCCACAAUCCCCAGAACACGCUUCGGGCAUGGCCAGCCCCCCCUGUCGCCCACAUUCAGACUCAGGGUUACACUGACAACGGUCGUCUCGUUGCACCGCUGCCAGGGCUCGACGAAAACUCGCAGCUGCAGCUGCCGCCAGCGACAAGCCGACCCGCGACUGCCACAGGUCCAGUACCGGCAGCGGCGCAAAGUCUUGGUGUCGGUACCCCGUCGUCAUUAAGUGCUGCACCUGCGGCAGACGAGACAGGGCUGCUGAACCGGCUUAUGCGACGACGAUUGGCUUCCAAGGACAAGGACUCUCAGAAUAAGAAGACGUCGAUUUCCGCCGGCAGCGAUAACAUAGAUUCGUCCGUGGUACUCGAUCAGCAGAGGACCACGGAGCAGUGCGAGACGCAGACACGGCCUUUACUGAUGAACCCGCUCAUGUUGAACCCGUCGCACCCAACACCUGCCGAAAGUGAGACUGUCUUGGAUGCGCGAAGAGGCUCUUUGAAGUCCUCGGUGCCCCGAUUCAUACGUCCAGUUACACUAUCACAGCAAGUACCGACGAACGCGACCCAGACUGCCGGCGUCGCCAACCCGUCCAAGCCCAAGUCGCCUCCCCAACAGCAGUCAACCAUGCAGGCCUCGAGUUCCAAUGCGCCGACGCAGCUCAAGUCGCGAUCCAAACCGAGUUUCGGAAAGAGGUUCUGGUCGAGAUCCGGCGCCAAUGAUUUUGGAGAUGAUAACGUGACCACUACCGAGACACCGGCAACAGCCUCGGCGCCGCGAACGGCCUAUGUUCCCAAACACGCCGCGGCUGACUUUUCGCGCACGACUUACACAAAUACGUCGCGCCACAGUCGCCAUAGCUUCUCCUUUGGCAGCGACCCGGGUGACGGCGCUCAAGCUCUGGCCACAAUAACGGCCGCCGCCGCCGCCAGGGUAAAUGAGCCGGAGCAGUCUCUGGUGAGGCAACGGACGCCAUCCGCAGAGACUGCCGAGAAGCGCAGGUCACGCGACAUGUCGAUUUCCAAGUAUGAGGCGCCGCCUCCCCACGAACUGCACCGGCGUCUCGAGAUCGUUAAGAGCAGCGAAAUUGAAGUGGUGACCACUAGAGAACCGGUCGCGGUCGACCCCUGGCAGCAACAGCACAACUUGUUGCAAAAUACUUCAAAUACGUCGUCGACGAACGGCAAGGCUCCUGCAAGACCCCAUGCUCCUCGGCCGUUGUCAUCCAAACGACACAGCUUCAAUCUUGUAUCGGACCCUUACGCCAGAGACCUCACACCGCCAAAGUCAAUUUCCCCAGUCGAGAUGGAAGCGCCAUUUGACCCGCCAAGCCAGCCAGAGCAGCAGCAGGAGCCGCCAUCGGCACCGCCACGGCCCAUCUCGUCUCACAGUCGUCCGCAGUCUGGACAAGAGACUCCAUCUCAAGAGGCUGGUAGCCGCGAACCGACGGAUUACGAACGUUUCGUGGCAGACGCUGAAGUUGCCGAACGCGAAUAUCACGCGCAAAUGUGGCGGAACCUCGCACGACGUUCCGGGCACUACGGUUAUAGCGACAACCCUUGGAGCGCGGCUCGACAGGGCGAUGCUCCUACUGCGCAACGCAACAGUGUUAACAACAAGCGAAGCAGCGCGCAGUACUCGACGGGGGCUGGCAAGCGUGCAAGCAUGAUGUCGUUUGGCGCGGCAGACGAUGAGCGCAACUUGAUUUCGGCAAGCUUUUACGGCGAGGCGCCACGCAAGCCGAGUCUCUCUCACAGCGCUAGUGUGGGGGCAGAUGGGAAAAGGGGGCUUCGACACCAGGGGAGCGUAUCGAAGAGGAUCUCGGACUACAUUAAGCCACCAAAGCCAUCUCAGGAAGCCACUUACGAAGAUUGGCCCUCUGGUCGAGCCAACCGACGCAGUGUCAUUGCUGGGAUAUCUGAAUAA